GUCGCACUUCAUGUUUCCAUCCUCGAAUCGUAGCUUGUUUUGCGGGAUCUGGCGAACCGGCUUGCUUGCGUAUGACACACGAGGAAGUCCUGCAAGAAUUGAUGGAAUGUGUUUGUCGGAAUAGGUUUCGUCGUCCAGCGGAAACGGCCCAUCGAUGGUGGGAUUCCGUAUUCGCACACCACUUGCUUCUCCGACUGGGCGAUCCUUCAAUACCGCGACAGCUGGAUCGUAAUAACAUGUUCAACUACUCCCUUGGUGCUCUGGCUCCUUAUGGGAUUCGCAUCAACGGAUUCGGUGAUUUAAUUAAGUCUGUGAAUGACAACCUCCGUCCAGAGAAUCUUAGCAAGGCCAGUUCGAUUGCCCAAGAGUGUCUGAACACAGACGUGAAAAGAAUGUAUACAACGUUUGCUGAGGAGUUUUUUGAUUGUGACAGUAUAAGUGCGUUUCGAGCUCAAAAGUCGGCUAAGGUUCUCCAGCAUCUGGGCGAGUGUGCUUCCAGAUUGUACGAAGCGUUGAACAACUGGGCUACCACACGCGGGCUGACCUGGCCACCAGGGCACCUGAAUUCCUUAGUUUCAUUUGGCCAAUUUUUACAGCAAACGUCGAGAACUGGGCCCUUUCGAAGUCUUCUCCAGAUGGUGCUCGUCGUAUCUAACCGCUCACCUGCUUCGUUGGAAAGCUUGGUAGAGGCUGUUCUCAAUAAGGUUUUCGAAUCCGGACCAGGCCCUGUUGUUGAUCUCACAGAUACACCUGAAACUCCGGCUGUUGUGGAAGAUGAUGGAAUUACUAAUAUGACUUUGACGGACGUUGUUAAUGAAUUGAAGACCUUAUUGGAACAAUCUGAGAGUCGCGAGAGUGAUGUUGGCGGAUCCUAUCAAGAUGAAGGUCUUUGGAAGUCGCUGGCCAACCUGGAAUCUCGCUUACUAGAAUCGCAUAAUAAGUCCAAUAAAUCUCCGGAAACCCUCUUGGCAUUACUUGCCAAAGCUGCCGAGCAAGGAAUCGAGGAUUUACCCAAGGUGUUAUAUCUACACAAAAGUGCAACAGCCCAACUACUGGACCCAACCACGGAGCAAACAGAAGGCACAACAGUUGGGCAGACUGUUGUCUCCCCAGGUCUACCGGAUCCAUUCACAAUCCAUCAGUUCAUAGCAAAGUUAACGUGGGUAAAGUCCCGUUCAGUGGAGGAUGUUUGUCAACUCGUGAGCUCACAUUUCCAAGUCGCUCGUACAGAUAACCUAGAACAGAUAGUUCGUUCUCUUACGAUGGAAUUCUCUGAGGAAGAACAGUACAUCCAGGAACCUGUUCUUUAUCAUCAGCAUCUCGGAUCUCCGCUGGCGAUAGCAUCGAAACAGUUCCCUUCAACAGGAGACUCUCAGAUCUCCUCAGCAGUUUCAUGGUCGGUCGACACGUCGGUGUUAUUCACCCAGCGCGAUGGUGUUCUGGAAUUCCUAGCCGCCUGUCCUGCAUUGGUGGAUUUGGCUAUUUGGAGUCAGUGGUAUAUGCCAGGGAUGCUGUUCGAAAGGUGGGGCGAUCUGGAACAGUUUCUUGUGGAUUGUGGACAGCAAAAAGUCUGUGAAAAGUACAACAUACUGGCACUUCGUCUUCUUGGGGGAGGCGGACUUCUCCGAUUGACGACUCGGUUUUCUCCAACUAUGCUUCAAGCCAAGUUUCUGAAUUGGACGGAAGACCGCUGCGCACAAUCCACUCGGGAUCUGUGCGACCUUCUGCUUGGGUGCACCCUGAGGAUAAACCGCUCCGACAUAACAAAGGUCAAAAUGUCCUUGGUUGGACACUUAUCGAAACCUCCUGGCUCCGUGAAGUGGCUCAGCUUGGUCUACGACAUUCUGUUGUUUUGUCCCCUGGAAUUGCUUGGUGUUCUGUUCGCCUCUAUUUUAGUUCCAUGUUUGGAUGAAGCCGGUCUAAGAAGUAAAAACUCUUGGGCGAACGACCUUUCCGAUGUGGUUUCUCCGGGUCCAACGCCCAAAACGACCGGAUUCAUACAACAGCUGUUAGAUCUCGUGGACCUCGAGCGCUCACAUAAUCAACGUUUCACACUGACUUGUGCCCUGGGAAGCUUGGGUCUGCAACUUGGUUGGCCGAGUUUUGUGACUUACUUUGAGGAGGAACGUCUGAAGCAGCGUUCGACUUACACCUCACCUCCACUGGUGGGCGUCACUGUGCAGCCAGCCUUCGAAGUCCCGCUACUUGCGAACAUUCAGCACCCCUUGGCGCUGUCGCCCAUCUCUGUGGAAACGGAUAAAAUUGAUCGCGAUCUGUCCACUUCCAUUCCAAAUAUUACUAAUCAGCCUACGAACAUGGCUGACCGAGAAACCUUCAUCACAGAACUCAGGCGUCGCGAAUUUGGAUGCGGCGCAGAGUUGACCCAAGAAGCAGCCGAUCUUGUCCGGCGCGUUGAAGGCAAGCUUUCCCGAAGCCUUUUACAACUCUCCGAAGACUUAUAUGGUCUUCCUGGACACUUUCUGUUGGAACUGAUCCAGAAUGCAGAUGACAACGAGUAUACUGCAUCCACGAAACCUACUUUAGAGUUUUGCAUUGCACAGCAGACGAACGACACUAUAGGGCCGGCAGCAGCCUUGUUAGUUAUGAACAACGAAGCGAUUGGUUUUACCGAAGCCGACAUGUCCUCUCUGUGCGAUGUUGGAAUCAGUACAAAAGUACAACAGCGAGGAAUAAAGACAGGUCGUAAGGGGAUCGGCUUCAAGUCUGUUUUCAAUGUGACUGACGCGCCAGAAGUCCAUUCGAACGGUUUCCACGUCCGGUUUCAUCGUCAGUCACGUAGCGACGCUGACCAAUUCGAUGCAGCUAACGCACUUCUUUUGGUCCCUGAAUGGUGCACCGCUAUGGCUACCCCUUACAGUAUUCACGAGCCCUCCCGUUGGCCGAUCCCGAUUUCAAUUCCUACUUGGUGCAAGACUUUGUUUGUUCUCCCCAUCAUUUCGAAAUCAACUGCCAUGGCUAUGAAUUUUGGCUCCAUUCUCCAACUUGCUUAUGAUACGCUGGCGCCUUACUUGAUGUUGUUUCUAAGGCGUCUUCAGUGUUUAACUUUGUCCUAUGGCCCAGACUGUAAAGCAGACCAAGAGCCAGCACGACGAAAAUUGCUCGUUCUUUUACGUGACUCCACGGCGUUACCUUCUACCGAGAUACCAAAAACUGCCGAGAUUAUCUCCGUGACUAUGAUUAAAGGUGGUGACGGUGAGGAUCAGCUGUCUGGGGAAGCUGGUGAAUCGUCUUCGUCAACUGUAACGCACAGGUGGUUUUGCUUCAAAGAAACGCUGCGAGUCAAUGAAGAAAAAUUGCCCAAGUAUGCUCCAACGCAGACAGAACUUGCUUUGGCCGUCUCGCUAACGGACUCCGAACCACUGCCACAGUGUCCGGUGUUUGCUUAUCUGCCUGUUCGUGCAGCGGGGUUCGCAUUCUACAUUAAUGCUGAUUUCGAUUUGACAUCCUCUAGAGAGGAUGUGGAUGGUACUAGCGUCUGGAAUCAAUGGCUAGUCAGUCGAAUUCCCACCGUAUGGAGCCACAUGAUUGAAUAUGUUCUUCAGUUGCCCGAAGAUGCACUUGGAGGAUGCGGCCUAAAUCGACAUACACUUCUAUGUCGCUUUCUGGUCUCACUACCGUUCGAUCCAAGUGAACCUCUUGCCAGGCCAUCUUCGCAAACGCCGGCCGGUUCAUCGAACCACGGUGGCCUGUUUCUUGGGCUUCCAGCGCAGUUGCGUUCACGGUUGAGUCAGUUACCCUGGUUGCCUGCUGCUCAACGGGACGAAACAGUGGAUGUGAGCUGCUCAUACGUGACGGCUGGCCGAUUGCUUCUCUCCACCUUCGACUUCAACUCGGACAGUCGGUCAGCAGCAUAUGGCAGCACGCUUGGAGAGGGUGCAUCAAUAAGAUCUGGUUCAUCAGCUCACAUGAUGCGCCUACUAAUGAAUCGCCUGGAUAUGUAUGAACCUCUUCCUGACUUACUUGGUACUGAACCACCAAACGAAGAGAUAGUUGUUGGGGAUUCGCCGGAGGCUCUGGAUGAGUCCAGACUAUUAGCCUGGCAAACUCGCCUGUUGAAUUCGCGAAGCCGGUGCAAUGCGCUCCUUUGGCUUGGAGCGCAAACCAUUUCUGUGGAUUCGUUGCUAGAAUUGGUCUCAAAUCUUUCAGCUGAAGAGCUUUCGCGCCCUGGACUUCUUGGCGUCCUGUUGAUGAAUUUCGAAUCAUGUUUGUCCGCUCCAUCUUCAAGACAGACCGGUUCCCAAAUGGCACCAAAUGCCAACAUCAUGUUAAGACGUCGACUUUUGGCUGCGCUACGUCACCUAGCCAUUUUUCCAUUGACUAACGGUCAGUUGGUCCGUUGCGGCGAUUCAAGGGAACAUGGAGCUAUGAAGAAUUGUCAGUUGCCAGUGUUAUUACCGCCCGCCCCGUCCCAAGUGAAAGGGUCCGUUGACUUGAAAUAUGCUGAAUAUAUCCAACUGGUCAGCAAACUGGGACCUCUUGUCAGUCCGCUGUCCUUCCACACUGGGCCUAACCCUGAAGAUGAACCGUGUUUCAACUUGCCUGAUUUACUCACUCUGGACUCACCGCAAGGCAUUGGUUUGCGCAUUGCCCUCCCUGAGGUGGUUCUUUCUGACUGGAUCCUUCCUGGCCUCGCAGCCUACGCUGAGUUGCCUGUUACCUCGGCCUCGGACGCCGAACUGAUUAACUGGGUGGUGCUCAUCGGGCAGCUGUAUGUGUCUUGUGGAUGCCUGUGCGAAAACGCUGAGUAUUCUGGUCUUCCUACAAGGUUUCCGAUAGCAACGGCAACCAAAGUGCAACAGAUGCAUAUCUUGCCUGCGCUGUCAACCCUUCCUGGCCACAGGCGCUCAUGUCCCGUUUUCCUACCACCAACCUCUUUCACGAUUCGUCCGAAUUUCAUCACCGGAACAUUAGAGGAGCUCGAAACUAAGCUUUUCCGAUUUUUCCUCGACCAACUGGACGAAUCUGACCCGGUACAGCUAGUUGCGGCUAAAUACUUUGAAAACCUAUCUUCAUCCGGAGCUGAGUUCGGAUAUCGAUGCUUCCGGCUUUUCUCUGAAGCAGGAUCAUGUACACUUCUGUCGGUCCAUUCAUCACGUUACUUCGUUUCGAGCUCCGAGUUGCUCACAGGUAGAAAAUCGUCUGAGAUGCUAACCACCGACGCUAGUUUACUUCCUCUUCCUCCUCAUCAUCGUUUGAGAAAAGACCUAUCUGAAGCGCUGAUCAAGGAAGGCCUCCCUCAGACGGAUUUUGUGGAAAAUCCGACAGCGGAUGAAUGGUGGAUUGUUGAGGAUUUCGUCUCUCCUGGAGUGGAACUUUUACUGAGCUGGAUUACCCGUUUGGCCGAUCGUCAGGUCGCGGCUGAGGCAGCUUAUCAGUUGGCCUGUUUGUUACAUGAUAAUUGGUCAUCGUUUGAAAACGUACAAUACGCCUGGUAUUCAAAGUAUUCAGCAGAAUCACAAAUCAACUUCUCUCCGACUAUUUCACUCCAACGUACCCCUGGAGCCUGGACCCGUUCGUUUGGUCACGCCUCCUGGCUUCACCAACUCCGGCAGAAAUCUUGGUUACCAGUGGAGAAAUCUGUCACAGAGAAUGGUGGAAUUGAUAUGGUUGCCCCUGCUGGGGAACUUUGUGUUUACUCUCCAGGUGCUUUUGCAGACCUUCGAGCUGGACGGUUGAAUCUAGUCAAAUUGUUGCUACACGCUUGUCAUAUUUGGGCCCCGGGACCUUAUAUCGUCAGAGAUCCACCUUUCCUACCAUUCACGACAGCUUUGGGGUUGGUCAGCGAUUUGACUCGGACCACAUUUGAGCAUUUGAUGAAUAUUCUCGCAUCCCAAGCUGAAGCUCACUCAAUUACCGUCAUAUCUCAACUAACCCCUGAGCUUAUGGUGCAGCUCUACCGUCUUGCUCUCAACUGCCUCUUAAGCUCUGAUUCAACUCAACGGACUGCUAUACAACCUCUUGAUAUUGACUGGCUCCGGAAGGUAUUUGCAACCCCCGGUCGUCCCUGCUUACUUGUCGCAUGUUGUAACCAGUUUGAGGUCGACCGCUCGGGCAAACGACCAAGAUUAGAUAAUGCGAAGGGUGUCGAUGCAGCGGUAACCGGGGUGACAAGUGUUUGUCCGAUAUGUUCUUGUCUAUCACUGCAUAAUAGCACUCGGAAACGUCAUUUGGUACCUACUGGAAGUUCUCUUCAGGAAGAUCUCGCCUACCACUUCGUGGAACCUGGACUAGUUGCCUGGGAUUCAGCCAAACUUCCCCAACCUGAUCUUUGUGGUUCGAAUAAAAUCACAGAUGAUGACGAGGAUGCAGAAUUCGAUAGCAUACAAGACCAGUGUUUCGUUUCAUCACGGUACGUUGCACAAGCAGCUGCUUUGCCACGGCCAGAUUCAACAACAAAAGCCCGCGUCUUUUCAUUGUCACGUUGCUACGGCCUAUCAUGUCGGACAUUUUUUGUGGACUACCUGGGCAUUGCUUCUACUUCCUCUGUUGGUGAAGUUUUGACCUUGCGUCCGGAGUUCAGUGAACUUGAUGGCAAUCUGAGCUCACCCACACGCUACAGACAGUGGUUAAGCUUCGGGCGCCGCUUGGGUCAGUGGUACGCUCUGCUACAUUAUUGCCUUCUCGAGGAUGGCGUUUUGCAAAACUUCAGUUCGAUCGGGACCAACCGUCGGGGGCGUGAGGAUGAAGCAGCUGCUGAUAACUCUGAUGAACAAGUUCAGGCUGUGAUGUGCGCAUUGAACCGAUUCCCAUUGUUAUUCGGAGCUGAUGGCCAGUGGUGGAGCCCAGCUGAUGUUGCAACGCUUUCAGGUAAGCAAACUCACAACGCCUCUCGGUCAACACUGCCUGCGGUGCGGUCCGCGCUGACUUGUUUGUUCGCAUGGUCCAAAUGGCCUUAUGGUCGUCUUGUUGAAACCGCCAGCUCUUCAGGUGGUCCAAGCUGCCGUAUGCUCGCUCACAGCCUGGACAUACUGAAUGCGCGACAUAGGCCUGGUGAAAUUCUGACCACCCAUUCGCAUGCUUCCUCAGACUUGCCCUCCCUGCCAGAGACCUUUGGUGAUACUACUCGUCCUGUCCCUAUUUCACACAAUGAGGGCACAGCACACGGUCUUUUGUUGGAUGUUUUGGGACUACCGGUUAUCGAUCAGCUGAGUCAACUUCGCUUGGACCUGCCUGAUAACAAACAUUCGGUACUGGCUUGCACUUCUCUCAGUAUGUUUUUCAAUGCGUUUCUACGAAUCGUCACACUAUGGACAACUGCUACCAGUUCAUCCAAAAUCCACCGACCUCGCGUCAGUGAGGAUUCGCUGACCGAUGUUGUUCGGCAGACAGCAUUCUUGGUGGAUCACUUGGCGGUUGCUCUCCAAAUCCGCGUUCCUGUGAAUGUCCCAUCCGCUUCACUUCUGAACAGUGUCCGUCUGGGUCGCCGUUUAAUGACCUGUGUGAUCGACAAUUUGCUGUACCUUGACAGCACUCUGGGUGCCGAUCUUUUUGCACGCCUAUCCGCCUUACCCAUAUCUGACACACCUCCUUUGGUCUACCUGUGUAUUGGCCUUUUGGACGACUCGGCUUUCGAAGUGUUGUCCGUCGGUCAAACCGAUUCGUCCGUAUUUUCAGCUUUAGCCGAUUAUAUUUGCCCGCAUGGUGGAACCGACCGCACCACGUUCACCCAUUUUAUGCAAGGCCUUCUCAACAUGGCAGGUUCGCUGGUCCCAGAUUUACACACCACAUUGGGUUUGGGUGUGACAUUUUCGCCAAAUGCCGUUCACCAACUGGAAAAUUAUCUUGUAUCACACGGGAUUCGCAAACCAGCAGCUCGAAGAACUCUACGUUUACUUUGUACUUCUGUUGGACGACCAUCGGGAAUUGAUGUUGACAAGGCCGCUAAGCCGUCAUCUAGUCAACCACAGAAAUCUUUGGUGUCUUCAGUUCCGUCUCAGAGGCUAGAUAGCACUGCCUCCCAAACCUCUCUGGAGCAUUUGUCCUCAGAAACUUCAGUGGAUCAUGGACAAACUACUUCUACUACUGAAGUCUGUACACAAAGUUCUUACACUCAAAUUCAUCCGGGAAUGGUUGCAGCGUACACAGUCGGGAGCAGCACUCGAAACGACACUAUAUUUGGAAGUUUCAGAGUUGACACGGUCGGUCUCGUUCCGUACUCGCAGCUCUGGUCCAGCGCACCGGACCUUCCGUCGGACGUCUCGGAACGAUUGCGACGCAUGCUACGUCAGUCUGGUGAGGCAGAUAAUCCGACUAACUUGACCGUCGGUCGAAUGGGCGAGUUUUUCAUAUAUCAACGACUGAUGGACCUAAUCGAGCGAAAUCAGCAGAGGCACCACAAUUUCGAUCAAAUUUCUGAUUUGGAAUUUCCAACAGGUCAUCCAGCACUUGGCUCUGGUCGUGUUGUUCGGUGUCAUUGGUGCAACGCGGAUCUGGAAUCGAGACGACCGUUUGACUUAGAGGUUGAUGUGCAAGUGGAAUGUGAUGCCUCUCAGUGGGACGAGAUGCUCGAGUCCGUACAACAAGAAAGAGCACAAAAUGUGGUGCGCAUAGCCCACGCACCAUCCCGCAAUCCAUCCGAAAAUCGCUCAACGCCCGGUCUGUUAUCUGUCGGACCAAUCUACUUGGAAGUCAAAUCGACAGCCCGCAGCCGGCAGGAUUCAGCAACCGAUUUGUUUGAAAUGUCUGUUUCGGAAAUCCUGUGUGCGUCCCAGCAGGGUUGGCGAUACCACUUGCUGCGUGUUGUCUGGGAUCGGGAGGACACUGCAAAUAAUUCCAUGCUACCGUCACUGACUGCCGCCCCAUUCGUGACCCACGUCCCUGCUUUGAUAGAUGAACUUCGUGAUCAGUCCCCGUCGCUCCAGCUUUGUUUGGCCAUGUUGCGAUCUCCCUGCUAGGGGUUAACCUUGUGUAUAGUGUACACAUUAUUCACAUGCAUUUCGCAUAUACUCUUUCAUUGAUCCCGGCCUUUUACCUGUUGAUGUGCAUCUUCUAUUCUUUUGAGCUGAAAACCGCCAUUUUAAAUCCAUUGUCUAUGGGAUGAGGGUUCUCUUCUCAAAUCAUCAAAUCCUGUUGACUCUUAAUCACAAAAACAUUGUUCGUUUGAUUGCACUUGAGACCAAGAUAAUGUUUUUUGCCAAUCCCGCGAUGUAGUCGGUCGUGAUCAUGGUCGAUCCUGAUCACGGGAAUUCAAUAGCUUAUUUGUUUGUAUUCGUUUCUCACCAAGCUAUUCAGGUCCGUUUAAAUUUCCACCCUCCCUAUCCGCUCCUACAUAUAACGGGG